CUGCUGAAUUCAACACGAUAUGGCGCUGCAAGAGAUGCUCUAAGAGAAGUACAAGAGCGUCAUGAUGACAUUAAAAAAAUUGAGAAGACCAUUGCUGAACUUGUCAAUCUUUUCCAAGAAAUGCAAAUGUUGGUUGAAGCACAGGAUGCGCCAAUUGCUGCUGUUGAAGAGCAUGCUACUCAAGUCAGUAAAGACCUAGAAUCUGGCGUCGCACAAGUAGAAAAGGCUUUAGAAAGUGCGAAAGGUGCUAGAAAA